AUGGAGUACAGGAGUUAUUUGAAUAAAAGAAUAAAUAGUGAAGUUGAGUGCGCGGAAGGGAUGAAGUCAUUGAUAUAUGUAGUAACAAGUGUGAUGUUUUUUGGGUCAGCAUUGGCUAAGAAGGUACAAGCUGCUGAUAUGCCUAUUAUUAAUCCAACUGAAGGGGAAGAGAAGGAAAAAGUAAAUCCAUUAGAAGAGAUACCAGGAACGUUUCCUAAUUUUGCUGCGUGCAUUGAAAAAGAUUAUGCAAUUAGAUAUCAUAAACUUCUUCAAGAUGUUGACGAAAAAUUAAGUGAUCGAAAACUUUUCCAUUGCAAAGAAGAGCUAAAAGAACUAAGGAAUUUGAUUAUAAACCAGAAUCUUUAUGUAAAAAAAUUAGUUGCAGUAUUAUCAAAUCCCAACUCAUCAGUUGAGAGUCAAACCCGUGCGUACAUUGAUUACGCGGUAAAUGACCUUAAUAUUUUGCGUAAGGUCCAAGAUAUUAAUUUGAGUGAUGAUGUUGUUUUAUAUAUAAAAAUUAUACUUGAAUCGCAGGAAGAAUUCUGUAAAGAAGCAAGAGAUCCUAGUAAAACACCAG